AUGAUGAUUGUUCCGUUUUUCAUUAUUAAGAAUUCAUGCUUAGGGGCAGCUGAAGUGUCAAGUAUUCUCGAAGAUAAAAUACUAUCGAAAUCUUCUGAGGCUGAUUUCGUGGAAACUGGCAGGGUUCUUUCUAUUGGAGAUGGAAUCGCUCGGGUUUAUGGACUGCGAAACAUUCAGGCUGAGGAAAUGGUGGAAUUUUCAAGUGGCCUUAAGGGUAUGGCUCUCAACCUUGAAACAGACAACGUAGGUGUGGUUGUUUUUGGUAACGACAGGCUAAUAAAAGAAGGCGAUAUCGUCAAACGUACCGGCGCCAUUGUUGACGUCCCUGUGGGCGAAGAACUGCUCGGCAGGGUGGUUGAUGCCCUGGGUAUUCCGAUCGACGGAAAGGUU